GAUCGGACCUUACUGUUCCCCAACUGUGCCUCGGCAACCGUGACGUCACUGUCCUCACCAAUCGAAGAGCUCGCAGGCCUGGCGUUCCUAUCGCGAGGUUAUCACAUUAGCUUGGUCGGUUAGCUAGCCACGAAAAGCUUGAUUGUGUAGCCGCAUUUUACAGGUUUUUCAUUUUUCACAGAGCACCGGAAAGACGGCCCAUUGUUGUUUGAUUACUGUCUUGUCACGCCUGUAAGAAAGGAUAAUCGCCGGUACCUUGUGUUUGGACGGACUCCAAUAAUGAGUUAUGCUGAAAAGCCAGAAGAUAUCACAAAAGAAGAGUGGAUGGACAAAUUAAACAAUGUUCAUAUACAGAGGGCGGACAUGAAUCGCCUCAUCAUGAACUACCUGGUGACAGAGGGAUUCAAAGAAGCGGCAGAGAAAUUUCGGAUGGAGUCUGGUAUCGAGCCAAGUGUGGACCUGGACUCUCUGGAUGAAAGGAUAAAGAUUAGAGAGAUGAUCCUGAAGGGACAGAUACAGGAAGCCAUUGCACUCAUCAACAGCCUACACCCAGAGCUGCUGGACACCAAUCGAUACUUGUAUUUUCAUCUGCAGCAGCAACAUUUGAUUGAGUUAAUCAGGCUAAGGGAGACUGAGUCAGCACUGGAGUUUGCGCAGACACAGCUGGCCGAGCAGGGGGAGGAGAGCCGAGAGUGUCUGACAGAGAUGGAGAGAACACUAGCCCUUCUGGCCUUUGACAACCCAGAAGAGUCGCCCUUUGGAGACCUGCUCAACAUGAUGCAGCGGCAAAAGGUGUGGAGCGAGGUGAACCAGGCUGUGCUGGACUAUGAAAACAGGGAGUCGACGCCCAAACUGGCGAAACUGUUGAAGCUUCUGCUUUGGGCACAGAAUGAGCUGGAUCAGAAGAAGGUGAAAUAUCCCAAAAUGACUGACCUUAGCACGGGCACUAUUGAGGACCCCAAGUGAACAUAACGGACAAGAACACCCACAUUCUCCCUUAAUUUAUGAGUCAGUGACUGUGUGACAGCCAGGUAACAUAUAUGUAUAAACAAAUGCUACAUUACAUGUGUCAUUCAUGAGAAGUAAGGCUUUACUCAUUGUGCAAACUGUAAAUUGCUGUAUUUGCAAAGUGACAAAUUAUUUAGUUUAAUGAUCCUGGAUUUUCGAUCAAUCUUGGAGACAACACAGUUCAAACUGCUGUUUUAUAUUUUGUCUUUCUAAAGCCUUUCUAGAGUAUUAUUUAUUGUGACCACUUUUCCUUAGCAAGGCAUUUUGUUAGAAAGGUGAUAGUGUGAAUGGACAGUGUUAAUAGUGUGGUGUGUGGAGGCAACUUUAAGGAUGGAGAGGUCCUGUCGUGGUUCAGACUUUGCAACAGCGGACACACUAUUAUCCUUAAUGAAGAUGUGUUAAGAUUGAGAUGACACACUGCAACAGAGUGUCAAAUCAGAGGUUUAAAUCAAAUUCUUUUGCAAAAUCUAUUUUUCAAUGAAAUGGAAAGAUACAGUUAUUAAUGUGGUAUCAUUGUAAUAUAUAUUUAACAGUUUUAUUUAGUAUGAUAUUUGGUGAUUUGCUAUAGAAUCAACCACUUUCUACACCUUGAAAUGUUGUUGUACCUCUGCAGUAUGUCUGUGGGAUGAACUGCCUCAUAAAAAUGAUCAUUUCACACGUGUGUUUGAGAAGGUGUGAGACAAGUUCUGACAGAAAUCAGGGCAGGCCUUCAUACUGAGAAGACCACCCCAGGGUUGUUCUGAGCCUAUGGUAUGCAGCCGCCCCAACAUGUUCCAGAUGGAUGCUAAUGUUGUGUUUUCUCUUAUGAUAAUUCAGACCGGAUUGACAUGCUACUUGCCCUACUUUAAAGUCUCACAUUUAAAAUCCAUUCAAACUGAUUCUGAUUCAUUGGCUGUUUUGAUAAAGUUUAAAAGCAUUGCAAUUUUAAAUCUGAACUGACCGGUCCUAGGACUUGCUGUCCAUUUUGCAGCUUCUGAAGCCGUUUAAACUGCAUGCAUCUUUUUUCAGUGAGGGCACUUGUGCCUUUUGUUUUUACUUUUAUUUACAAACAAAACACAUUUGCUGCUAGUUGUCCAUCCUUAAUUUCUUUUAAUGUUGUAUUGUCUUUAGAGAAAUUGUCCUGAAAAAUACUGAGUCCCAGAGAGCUCACACCUCUUUUAUUAUUCAACAUUUUUAAGAUCAGAUUUGCAAUUAUUAAAAUAAAACUUUUGUGAACCA